CCAUGGAGGGUGGGGGGCGGCAGCUGAGACCCUGUCCCGAGGCGCCGAGUCCUGACCGCCUAGCCGCGCACCUGCGUCCCUCUUGCGCGGCCGGAGGCGGGGCCAGACCCGAUGUCCCCACCCCUUCCCUGGGGAUAAAACUCCAGUCAGCGACCCAGCCCGUGAAAGACCUGAACCUGAGUCCUGUACUCUCGCCUCCCCGCCUGAACAGCAUGAGCUUCACCACUCACUCCAUCUUCACCAACUACCGCUCUCUGGGCUCUGUCCAGUCGGCCGGCCACCGGAUCCGUCCGGCCAGCAGCGCUGCCAGCGUCUAUGCGGGCGCGGGGGGCUCGGGCUCCCGGAUCUCCGUUUCCCGCUCCUCCACCUUGCGUGGGGGCUGGGGAUCCGGGGGGGUGGUCUCGGCAGUGGCCGGGGAGCUGACGGGCAUGGGCAGCAUCCAGGGCGAGAAGGAGACCAUGCAAGACCUGAACGACCGCCUGGCCUCCUACCUGGAGCGCGUGAGGAGUCUGGAGAUCGACAACCGGAAGCUGGAGAGCAAGAUCCGAGAAUACCUGGAGAAGAAGGGGCCCCAGGUCAGAGACUGGGGCCAUUACAUCAAGAGCAUCGAGGAUCUGAAAGCUCAGAUCUUUGCGAGUUCCAUGGACAAUGCCCGCAUCGUGCUGCAGAUUGACAAUGCCCGUCUUGCUGCUGAUGACUUCAGGGUCAAGUAUGAGACAGAGCUGGCCAUGCACCAGUCUGUGGAGAGUGACAUCCAUGGGCUCCGCAAAGUCAUUGAUGACACCAAUGUCACUCGCCUGCAGCUGGAGACGGAGAUCGAGACUCUCAAGGAGGAGCUGCUGUUCAUGAAGAAGAACCAUGAGGAGGAAGUAAGGGGUCUGCAAGCCCAGAUUGCCAACUCUGGGCUGACUGUGGAAGUGGACUCCCCCAAGUCUCAGGACCUCAGCAAGAUCAUGGCGGACAUCCGGGCCCAAUAUGACGAGCUGGCUCAGAAGAACCGAGAGGAGCUGGACAAGUACUGGUCCCAGCAGAUCGAGGAGAGCACCACAGUGGUCACCUCACAGUCCACUGAGCUCGGAGCUGCUGAGAUGACACUCACGGAGCUGAGACGCACGGUCCAAUCCUUGGAGAUCGACCUCGACUCCAUGAGAAACCUGAAAAGCAGCUUGGAGAACAACCUGAGGGAGGUGGAAGCCCGCUAUGCCAUGCAGAUGGAGCAGCUCAAUGGGGUCCUGCUACACCUGGAGUCGGAGCUGGCCCAGACGAGGGCAGAGGGGCAGCGCCAAAGCCAGGAGUACAAUGCCCUGCUGAAUAUCAAGGUCAAGCUGGAGGCUGAGAUCGCCACCUACCGCCGCCUCCUUGAAGACGGAGAGGACUUCAAUCUGAGUGAUGCCCUGGAUACCAAUAACUCCAUGCAAACCAUCCAAAAAACCACCACCCGCAGGAUUGUGGAUGGCAAAGUGGUAUCCGAGAUCAAUGACACCAAAGUCCUGAGGCGCUGAGGCAACAGAAGCGGGGUUCCUUUUGUAGAGCAGGUCAAUAAACACUGACAGGUCACUGCA